AAAACAAGUAUUAGUGGCGUGUCCACUCAGAGAGUCGCGAUUCCAAAACCCUAGUGGAGAGUAACGCCGUAGAGAGAGAGAGAGUGGUAUAGAGAAGCACACACCGCGUCCACUCGGAGGAAACUCACGAUUCCAUUCUCAAACCCUCGACUCGUUUCUUUCUUCCGAUCCAAUUUCAUUUUAUGUUUCAAUUUCUCCAAAAUCAAUCUAUGUUUUCUUCGUCAAAUUCUGCAGAUUCCAACACCUUACCAUCUUUCAGGAAAGAAUAGAGUAAAUGGUCUGAAGAUGGCCUCCCUUCGAUCUUCUGGAUAUGUAGACCCAGGGUGGGAGCAUGGUGUUGCUCAAGAUGACAGAAAAAAGAAGGUGAGAUGUAAUUACUGUGGCAAAGUAGUUAGCGGUGGAAUUUACAGGUUGAAGCAACAUCUUGCCCGGCUUUCUGGUGAAGUAACUUAUUGCGAUAAGGCUCCAGAAGAGGUGCGUUUAAAGAUGAGGGAUAAUUUGGAGGGGUCCCGAGUUGGUAAGAAAUCAAGACAAACUGAGUAUGAAGAACAGUCUUAUUUGAACUUCAAUGCUACUGAUGAUGUAGAGGAGGAAGAGAAUGUUGGAUAUAGGAGAAAGGGUAAGCAAUUGUCGGCAGAUAAAGAUUUGGCGUUGAACAUGACUCCACUUCGUUCAUUGGGAUAUGUUGAUCCUGGUUGGGAACAUGGUGUUCCUCAGGAUGACAGGAAGAAAAAGGUAAAAUGCAAUUACUGUGAGAAGAUUGUCAGUGGUGGUAUAAACCGGUUUAAGCAACAUCUAGCAAGGAUACCCGGUGAAGUUGCUCCUUGUAAGAAUGCUCCAGAGGAAGUAUUUCUCAAAAUAAAAGACAACAUGAAAUGGCAUCGUACAGGUAGGAGACACAGACGGCCCGAAACUAAAGAGUUAUCUACUUUUUACCUCAACUCAGAGAAUGAAGAGGAAGAAGAGCAAGAAGAGGAAGAAGGUGCAGCAUAUCCUAUGGGUAAUGAUAAAAUUGUACUUGGUGGUGACAGAAGAUUCGACAGAGAUUCGAGAACAACUUUCAGAGGAUCGUCUACUUGUAAUGGGUCUGAACCGUUGUCGAAAAGGCCAAGGUUUGAUGUCAAUGCUCUUAGGACACCCAAAAUUCAGAUGCCACUAUCCGGGAAACAAGUAAAAACAGGUUCCUCCAAGAGGUCCAGAAGAGAAGUCAUUUCUGCAAUAUGCAAAUUUUUCUAUCACGCAGGAGUGCCUUGUCAAGCAGCCAACUCCCCAUAUUUUCGUAAAAUGCUGGAGUUGGUCGGUCAGUAUGGCUCAGAUUUUGCAGGACCUUCAAGCCAUCUACUAUCUGGGCGGUUUCUACAAGAUGAGAUCUUGACCAUCAAAAACUACCUUGAGGAAUACAAGUCUUCUUGGGCAGUUACAGGGUGUUCCAUUUUGGCAGAUAGUUGGAGAGAUUUUCAGGGCAGAACAUUGAUCAAUAUUUUGGUUUCUUGCCCUCGUGGAGUAUAUUUUGUUUGUUCCGUUGAUGCAACAGGCUUAGUUGAUGAUGCAACCUAUAUAUAUAAAUUGCUUGACAAGGUGGUGGAGGAGAUGGGGGAGGAAAACGUUGUGCAGGUAAUCACUCAGAAUACACCCAGUUAUCGGGCUGCUGGUAAAAUGCUUGAAGAAAAGAGAGAACAUUUAUUUUGGACACCUUGUGCUGCCUAUUGUAUUGAUCAAAUGUUAGAGGAAUUUAUUAAAUUAAACCAGGUGCGAGACUGUAUAGAGAAAGGGCAAAAAAUUACAAAAUUCAUCUACAAUAGGAUCUGGUUAUUGAACCUUAUGAAAAAAGAAUUUACUGGAGGUGAGGAACUGUUGAGGCCGUCAGCCACUCAGUCUGCUUCAAGUUUUACUACAUUGCAAAGUUUGCUAGACCACAGGAUUGGUCUUAGAAGAAUGUUUCAAUCAAACAAAUGGAUUUCGUCUAGAUUUUCAAAAUUGGAUGAGGGUAAAGAGGUGAAAAAUAUUGUGAUGGAUUCGUCAUUUUGGAGGAAGGUACAGUUAGUUAGAAGGUCAGUAGACCCUAUAGUGGACGUACUGCAAAAGAUGAGUAGCGAUGAGAGUCUGUCAAUGCCAUUCAUCUACAAUGACUUGUACAGGGCAAAGCUUGCAAUAAAAAUCAAUCAUAAUGAUGAUGCACGAAAAUAUGAACCCUUUUGGAGUGUGAUUGACAAUCACUGGAGUUCACUGUUACAUCACCCACUCUAUCUGGCUGCUUACUUCCUCAAUCCUUCAUACCGGUAUCGUCCAGACUUUAUUCUGCAUCCAGAUGUUGUGCGCGGUUUGAAUGCCUGCAUGGUGAAAUUGGAAUCAGACAAUGCUAGAAGAAUUUCAGCAUCUAUGCAGAUAUCUGACUUUGGGUCUGCAAAAGCUGAUUUUGGAACUGACUUGGCAAUUAGUACCAGAUCAGAGCUUGAUCCAGCUGCGUGGUGGCAACAACAUGGGAUAAAUUGCUUGGAGCUGCAAAGAAUAGCUGUGCGGAUCUUGAGUCAAAGUUGCUCAUCAUUUGGGUGUGAGCAUAACUGGAGUAUACAUGAUCAGAUGUACGGACAAAGGCAUAACCGGUUGGCACAGAAAAGAUUGAACGAAGCUAUAUAUGUUCACUACAACUUGAGGCUUAGGGAACGCCAGAUGAAAAAAAGGUCUAUGUCUUCUAGCAAUCCAGUUACCCUCGACAGUGUUCUGCAAGAAGAUAUUUUGUAUGACUGGAUUGUAGAGACAGAGAAGCAAACCUUGCCAGAAGACGAGGAAAUCAUUUACAGUGAAAUGGAAAAUGGGGAUGGGUACGAGAAUGAAAUGCAGGAGUUUGAUGAUGGAAAUGGAGAGUCGAGAAAAGGAUCAAUGGAGAUGGUGCUGGCAGAUGAUGUGGUGGUUGAUAACCAAGGUUUCAACUUUAUUGACGACGAAGAUGACAACGAAGAUGACGACAAUGAUGAUGAAGAUAUGACUGAGUAACUGUGAAGGCGAAAAAGUUAUCCCGUUUAAUUGGGUGUUCAUUUUAUUCAUUUGAGUAUAUCCAAAAUUGAAAUGACGAUGUUCCAAAAUCAUUGUAUAUGGAUUGAAACAAUUAGUAUAGAAGGUGAUUUUCUUGAAUA